CCUGUUGCUACCGCUAAACGCAUAGUCAAACAGACGCUUCUUGCUCUUGACUAUCUUCACCGUGAGUGUGGCCUUGUACAUACAGAUGUGAAACCUGACAAUACCCUUAUUUGCGUAGACCACAUGGAUGAAGCCCUAACUCGCCUCCUUCAAGAAAUACCGUCUGCCUCCUAUGAACCACGCUUGGAGCCGGAUUUAUCUCCUCAUCCUAUUAUCACAGUGAAGUCGCAGCCGCUCUCUAAUUUUGGUUUUCGAGAAGAUGCUAGCAACCUCAACAUUUGUUUGAUUGAUUACGGUCAUGCCACGCCCAUCAGAGAACACCUACUCGAGAAAGUUCAACCCACCCUCCUCCGUGCGCCCGAAAUCAUUCUUAGUCACGUAUGGUCUACUCCCAUCGACAUAUGGUCUGUGGGGUGCUUGGUUUUCGGGCAUCUAAGUGGUGCGGCUCUGUUUAAACUCUGGGAGUCCUCCUCCAUGAGCAUGGACAACGUUCAUCUCCAGCAGAUCCUCGAACUUACGGGUCAUUUUCAGCCUAGCUUUUUAGAAGGUUGCUGCCGCCGGGCUGAUUUCUUUGACCAACAGCGCAGAUUGUAA